AUGAGGCAACUUAUAAGACACAUAGAGGAGUACAAACGCCUGGAGGAUGAUCGGCUGCAUAACAGAGGGAAAGCUCCAUUACUCGGGAGAUCUCGGCAAGGCGUUGUGUCGGCAAGACCAAAAAAAGACUUCAGGAUGCAGGAAUCAGAGGUGCAAAUUGAAGGAGUUAAUGUGGCGUUCAAAGAGCCGGUGCACAAAAUCUUAGAUCGGAUCAAGAAGGAAUCAUUCUUCCAGUGGCCAAACAAGAUGGGGGGUGACCCAUCUCGGAGGAACCAAAACCUGUACUGCACAUACCAUAGAGACAAAGGGCACACCACCGAGCAGUGUCGGGUACUAAAAGAUCAUCUCGGGCAGCUAGUAAAGGCAGGGUACCUGAAAGAGUUUGUAGUAGACUCCACUGACCAAGAAGCUGGCCAGGGUGUUCAACAGAAAAGGAACCCCAUCUCGCCACCACUGGGGGUGAUCGAAGUCAUCCACACAGCACCAAGAGGUACGGUAGCAACUAAAAGGGUAUUGAUAGUGGCUUGCAUGGAAAGAGAUUUAGCCGAGAAGAAAAAGAAAGUUGAACGGCUGACCAUCUUGUUUGGAGAAGAGGAUUUGGAAGGGACGGUCCAGCCUUAUGAUGAUGCGUUGGUAGUAACAGCUCAGAUAAGUGGGUUCCUGGUGAAGAGGGUAAUGAUAAACUAA